AUGAGGGAAGUCAAUUUCAGCAUCCCCAAUGUCAACAAGGCAUCGGUGGGCAUCACCACCGCCCUGUACGACCGUCGGGCGCUGGAUUGCACAUCGACCUUGCCGUUGAUCAACUCGCUCAACCAUCUCGCAUACCUUACCACAUCCUCGGCACGAAUUCGAGACAUCCUGACCGUCGAUGGAGGAAUCGAGAGGUUGGUAUGCAUACUCAAACAAGGUCGGAGCAAGGACAUGAUGGACAUGUGGAAGUGGAACCUCGCUUUUCAGUGCGUCGUCAAUAUAGGGGUCCGCGGAACCGAGAACGUAAGGACUCGGGUUGUCGAAGCCGACAUGGUCCCUGUUAUUGCCACCAUCCUCGACAAUUACAUCAAAGUCAUCGAUAAGUGUCGAGAAAAGGCAGAGGAAGCUAAGCAGAAACAAAUCGCGGAUCACCAUCACCGCCACCCAAGUCACAGCCAUCGGGACUCAACUAAAUCGUCUUCCUUCACGAACAGGCCAAGCCGCUUAGACAUCGAGCAGAGAGCUUUCCGGAGGCAGGCUCCACCGCCGUCCAUAGAUGUUUCCGCUGCCACAUUUGCAAGCACAUCGGCGUCGGCUGAGUCGAGCAAUGCGGAAGCUGGUCCGUCUGUGCCAUCGUUCCCGGUCACUUCUCCCCCCGACCGACCAUCUUUCUCCAGCCACCGCCAUCACCAUCAUCACCACCACCACCAUCACCACAGGCAUGAGAGUCGUCAAAGCGUGGCGGCGCCUUCUCGCCCAGGUUCUCAGCCCUUGGCGACCGCUGUUCCCACCAUGGAGGCGAUCGAUGGGUUCAUCCGCCCUGUUCGGGACAUCGACCGUCUGCCAUCUAUGGUCCCUGUCUUCCACCCGAACUUGGGGUCCCAACCUGCCUCGCCGACCACCCCAUUGCCUCCGCCGCAAACUAGGUCACCAACAGUUCGACCCACCUCGGUCUUAGGGCCAAAUGGUCGGUCGCGGAGACGCCCUUCGAUUCGCCAUCAGAAUUCGACCACGGACACAGAUGACUUGAAUACAGACAGCGUGCAAUCGGACGAGUCUGGAGAUGCUGAAAUGUCUGGUACUGCUGACAUUACACCCACUGUUGGCUUUCAGGAUAUGGCGAUGGAGGAAGGAGACAGUACAUUGGGAGGCACUGCUCUGGAUUUGACUACUCCCACUGUGUCUGAGAUCCCCGAUGCCGGCACCUUCAACAUCACGCACCGAACUCCCAUGGAUGGAAGCGUUCCCAACAACACAACUACUCCUGGCCCUGCGAUGGGGCUCUCUCCCCACCGACCCAUCGUAGCGACUCCCCAGCCUUCUCUACCAACUCAUGCGAGCCUACCUCGUUAUCUUUUGGACCGACCGUUGCCCCCCAACCCGCAGAUGCUGGCAGCAAUGCCUCGCGAAGAGGACGUGUUGAUGUCGCUUCAGUUGCUUGCAUACGUUUCAAAAUAUUGCAACCUUCGAUCGUACUUCCAGCAAAGCCAUUUGGUGCCCCGCCUCAAGAUUGGAAAGGAGCUGCAACUACUUGAUGGUGACCAUGUCACACUGGAGUCAUUGGGAAAGCGAGAAUACGAAGAAGAGUAUCUCUUGCCCAAUGACUUCAACAUCUUCCCUCUGGUAGAGAAGUUUACCGUGCGCUAUCACAGCACGGACAUGCAAUACUGGGCUGGGGUGGUGAUGCGCAACCUUUGCCGCAAGGAUGACACCCGAGGGGGAAUACGACAAUGCGCAUACUACCAAUGUGGCAAAUGGGAAGAAUUUACACGGCAGUUUGCUAAGUGCCGCCGUUGCCGCCGUACAAAAUACUGCAGCAAGGAGUGCCAGAAGAGCGCCUGGGCGUUCCACCGGCACUGGUGUGUCGCGGCUUCGCAAUAG